AUGCUGCGAUACUGUCUAGUGAUGUUCCUCAUCCCCCUGAGCACUUCUGCCAUCAAAUGCUACUUCGAGAGCGAUCCCCUGACCUCAGUAGCCAAAGCCCUCGAGAAUGGCCCCACUGAUGCUAAAGAGUACGAAUGUCCAGCAGCUGACAAAUACUGUAUCUACUUCGAAGGGAACGUGGAGUUGAAAGGCGAGAACCAGACUUUCAGCGUGAAGUCAUGUCAAAGUGACAUCGCCUACUACCUGGGACCAAUCGGAGAGAAAAUCGGCCAGAAAAUUGAAGCCGAAUGCAAGGUAUGUUACGGUAAAAUGCUUUAAUACAGUGUUAUCUCUACUUGAUUACUCAUUUAAAAACUACCUCAAACUAUAGUAUCAAUACAUUUGCUGCUGAAUAGACAAAACAUAUCAUAACAUUAACAUACGAUCAUUACAGGAAGCUGGAGUAAAAAGAGACAAAAUUGGUCCUAUUUCGUACUACUUUAACUGCUGUACCGACCUUGACUGCAAAUUGGUAAGUCACCAAGGCUAAUCAUACACACUACUUUAAGUCUCACCCAAGUAUCAAAAAUCUACCCCAAGUUAAGUUUUUACCCCUCCCUAAAAACAACGCCCAAUACCAUAAGUUAACCUCCAAAAGCCACUAUCACCUAAAAAAUGAGUGAAACCCCUUAGUUACAUAACCUAUGUUAACUUUCAGAACUCAGCUAUGUCACUUUCCACGUCCGGGCUUACGUUGAUGACCUUAUGUAUGGCCGUUGCUGCCAAAUGGCUCUUCUAA